GCAAAUGUUGGUUGCGUUUUUCUAAUGGGAGCUGCGAAAAAACUAUAGCAAAAAUGACGGGGAACGUUGGAAUGGAAAAUUUGAUACCAAUUGUAAAUCGACUACAAGAUGCUUUCACAAAAUUAGGAGUUUCCUUGUCUCUCGAUUUACCACAAAUAGCAGUCAUAGGAGGGCAAAGUGCGGGUAAAAGUAGUGUUUUGGAAAAUUUCGUGGGCAAAGAUUUUUUGCCCAGAGGCUCUGGUAUUGUAACAAGACGUCCAUUGGUUUUGCAGUUAAUCAAUUCACCAUCUGAAUAUGGAGAGUUUUUACACGUCAGAGGAAAGAAAUUCACAGAUUUUGAAGCCAUACGAAAAGAAAUUGAAGACGAAACUGAUAAAAUGACAGGGUCCAAUAAGGGAAUCUCUAAUGCACCAAUUAAUUUACGAGUAUAUUCUCCAAAUGUUUUAAAUCUUACUCUUAUUGAUUUACCUGGAAUGACGCGAGUGCCAGUUGGAGAUCAACCACCAGAUAUAGAAACACAAAUUCGAGACAUGCUGUUAACUUAUAUUAAAAGAGAAACAUGCCUGAUUUUGGCUGUGACUGCUGCAAAUCAAGAUUUAGCUACAUCAGAUGCUCUGAAACUUGCAAAAGAAGUUGAUCCUGAAGGGUUGCGUACUAUUGGUGUAAUAACAAAACUAGACCUGAUGGAUGAAGGAACUGAUGCAAGAGAUAUUUUGGAAAAUAAAUUAUUACCUUUAAGAAGAGGUUAUAUUGGAGUCGUAAAUCGAAGUCAAAGAGAUAUUGAAGGUAGAAAGGACAUAAAAGUUGCAUUAGAAGCAGAGCGGAAAUUUUUUCUCAGUCAUCCCAGUUACAGACAUAUGGCUGACCGUAUGGGAACUCCUCAUUUACAACAUGUUUUAAAUCAGCAAUUAACCAAUCAUAUAAGAGACACCUUGCCAGCUCUAAGGGACAAGUUACAGCGCCAAAUGCUUGCCAUGGAGAAAGAUGUAGAAGAAUACAAACAUUUUCAUCCAGAUGAUCCAUCUCGCAAAACCAAAGCAAUGUUGCAAAUGAUUCAACAACUGCAGACUGAUUUUGAACGUAACAUUGAAGGUUCUGGAUCUGCAUCUAUCAACACAAGUGAACUUUCAGGUGGUGCUAGAAUAAAUAGGCUGUUCCAUGAACGGUUUCCAUUUGAAAUAGUAAAGAUGGAAUUUGAUGAAAAAGAAUUAAGACGAGAAAUAGCUUUCGCCAUACGUAACAUUCACGGUAUUCGAGUUGGUCUUUUCACUCCUGAUAUGGCAUUUGAAGCAAUAGUAAAAAAGCAAAUAGCAAAAUUAAAGGAACCAGCAUUGAAAUGUGUGGAUCUUGUUGUUGCUGAGCUCGGAAAUGUUGUUAGAAAAUGCACUGAUAAAAUGAGCAGAUAUCCUUGCUUGCGAGAAGAAACUGAACGAAUAAUAAUGUCUUUCAUCAGAGAAAGAGAGCAAAAAACAAAAGAGCAACUAAUUUUAUUGGUUGAAGUGGAAUUGGCAUACAUGAAUACUAAUCAUGAAGAUUUCAUAGGUUUUACAAAUGCUCAACAAACUGCUGAAGUUAACACUGGCAAGAGAAAACUCGGGAAUCAGGUUAUUCGUAAAGGCUGGAUGUGUAUCCACAAUUUAGGAAUAAUGAAAGGUGGUUCUCGAGAUUAUUGGUUUGUUCUCACCUCUGAAACUUUGUCAUGGUACAAAGAUGAAGAGGAAAAAGACAAAAAAUACAUGCUACAACUUGAUGGCUUACAAGUUAAAGACAUUGAAUCUGGAUUUAUGUCAAAGCGUCACACCUUUGCCUUGUUCAAUCCUGAAAACAGGAAUGUCUACAAGGACUACAAACAGUUAGAACUCUCAUGUGAAAGUUUAGAAGAAGUGGAUAGUUGGAAAGCUUCCUUACUCCGAGCUGGGGUAUAUCCAGAAAGGGCAUCUUCAGAAAAUACUAAUGGUGAAGAGGGAAGCAAUGAAGGUUCCACAUCUAUGGAUCCUCAGCUUGAGAGACAAGUCGAAACUAUUCGCAACCUUGUAGAUUCUUACAUGAAGAUCAUAACCAAGACAUUUCGUGACCUUGUUCCAAAGACUCUAAUGCAUUUGACUAUUAAUAGUACCAAAGAUUUUAUUUAUUCAGAAUUGCUAGCUAGUCUUUACUCUGCUGGAGAUCAGAGUUCUCUGAUGGAAGAAUCACCCGAAGAAGCUCAUAAGAGAGAAGAGUUAUUAAGAAUGUACCAUGCCUGUAAAGAAGCCUUAAAUAUUAUUGGUGAUGUUUCUAUGCAUACUUCGUAUUCUCCGAUGCCACCACCAGUUAAAGAUGAUUGGCUGAAGGUUUCAACACCAGAUUCUCCUAGGCCGUCAUCGCCAUCUCCAGGAGGCAGUAGGAGAAAUCCAACUGGUGGUAGGGCUCCUCCUCCUCCUCCCCUCAGCAAUCGUCAGCCUCCAGGACCACCAGCUGGCUCAAAUCGAAUGCCACCACCAUCUGCACCACCGAGACCAUUGAGUGGAACUGGUCUACCUCCACCUCUCCUACCUUCGAGGCCAGUUCCAUUAAUUCCUCCUAGAAUUCCAGAUCGUCCCCAAGUUCAAGCAAGGAACAAUUAGAUGUUAUUUUGAAUUUUCAAAUAACUUCAUUAAUUACCGGUAAUGCACUUUGAUCAUCAUUUCAUCAUGGGACUAAUGUCUGUGCAUGUUACAUGUUUUACAAAUGACAUGAAUUGGAACUGUUUGUAUAGAUUGUUGUGUGAAGUUACAGUCAUGAUUUUUGUAAAAGAGUAUUAUUAAAUUUAUAUUGUUGAUAUGUGAAUAAAGAUUUAUAUUUAUAUUUUUUCUUGAAUUGCAUUAUGUGAUUCUGGGCUUUCAUUAGAAAUAUUGUUUGACACAUGGCAGUCUGAAUGGAUAAAACUGAUAUUAAUUCAUGUAUGUGAUUGUUUACUUUUUUUUUUUUUUUUUGUUCUUUGUGCCAAAUCAAUUUGUAACUGGCACGAAAGUGUUUCAGUUUUCCUUUUCUGGGCUUUUAUUAAUUCAGUUUCUGAAAUGUUUUUAGAAUGAUUUUAAAGCAAAAGAAUAUUGAAUCCUUUGACAUUGUUUCUUUAAGUUUUAAAUUUGUACACAUUGUUUUGAGAGCUGUGAUUUUUCACAUAUCGUUUUUUAAAAAAUAUUCAUUGUGAUUUAAAAAUAAAAAAAUUAAAACCUCAUGUUUUGUGCACCUGUGAAUUAUGUUGUUUUGAAGUUAUAAAUAUUUAACAUUCCAUUGUACUGAAAAAACGUUUUGUUGAAUUCAAAUCUGUAUUGUACUAUUUCUUUUUAUUUAUACAGAGUUUUAUACUCAUGAGUUAUUUAUUUUUUUACCUCACA